AUGGUCAAGGGCGGCAUGGCCCAAGUUCAGGUCUCCAGAGACUUGGGCGUCAACGUAGCGGCAAUAAGGCGCUGGCUGGCCUGCGACCGCCCAGGAGAGACGCUCGAAAACCGCACAGGUCGUGGGAGGAGGUCGGCAUUGAGCCGAGUGGCGAAGAUCGUCAUUGCAAAGUUGGCCUUCAAAAGACGCCACUCGACGAGAACCCUGGCGGGAAAACUGACGGCGAAGAAGCACCUGGCCUCCAAGUCGGCCGUCCAAAGGUAUCUGAAGACCAGCCUGGAACUGAAGCCGCUCGACCUCAGGAAGACCCAGGACUGGUACCGCGCCAACUUCGCGGGCUUCUGGGAGAAGGGUACGUGGCCAGGCAACAGCCCCGACAUGUCGCCGAUCGAGAGUCUCUGGGUGAUUGUCAAGAAGAAGCUCAGCAAGAUUUCACCGGCCACUUCAGAGAAGACUCUGUUCCAAAACGUGCCAGUGGCGUGGCAGAGCAGGGAUUCGGCGCCGGCUGCAUUGAAGGCGCUGCUGGGCCCGGACGUGCGGGGCUCUCCAAGUGGCCUGUUUCGAGUAGUGCUUAACGUAUACGAGAGCGGUGCCGGCGCCGACAUCGGCCGGCGGCACUGGUGCGUCGUCUGCAUGAUCCUGGUGGUGGUGGCGACGACGGGCCUCAUCAGCGUGCCGCUGCUGCUGCGGGACAUGGCGCGCGGCUCGCCAGCCCAGCGCCUCCAGCUGGCCAGGCGCAUCCUCACACAAGUGCCUCUCGUCGACGGACAUAACGACUUUCCGUGGAACGCCCGUCGCUUCGUCUACAACAAGCUGCAGAACGUGAACCUCAGCAUGGACCUGCGGCACGUGCGGCCGUGGAACGAGAGCGUCUGGUCGCAUACGGACCUGAUCCGGCUCCGGCAGGGUCAUGUGGGCGCCCAGUUCUGGAGCGUGUACGUACCGUGCGGGGCUCAGUACCUGGACGCUGUACAGAUCGCGCUGGAGCAGAUCGACACCGUGAAGCGGCUGGUGGCUCGGUACCCAUCUUACACGGCGUUAGCCAGCUCGGCGCAGGAUAUUGUGCAGAUCCACGGCGGCGGCCGGAUGGCCAGCCUGCUCGGCGUGGAGGGAGGACACGCCAUCGCCAGCAGUCUGCCCGUGCUCAGGAGCCUGCACGCGCUCGGGGCGCGUUACCUGACGCUCACGCACAACUGCAACACGCCCUGGUCAGAAUAUUCAGAAGUGCCAUCGUUGGCGCAAAGAGGUCUCACAGAUAUUGGAGAGAGCGUGGUUCGGGAAAUGAACCGACUGGGUAUGGUGGUGGACCUGAGCCACGCCAGCACGCAAACGAUGCGGGAUGUUCUCGCCGUGUCGCGAGCGCCCGCCAUGUUUUCACACUCAUCUGCGCAUGCGCUGUGCAACAUAUCCCGCAACGUGCCCGAUGUUAUUUUGAAACAGCUGGCUCUGCAAGGCGGGAUAGUUAUGAUCAGCUUUUAUAAUCGUUUUCUUACCUGUGGGGAGAAUGCUACCCUUACUGAUGUUGUAGCACAUAUAGACCACAUACGGCGGGUGGCCGGCGUGGACCACAUUGGUCUGGGGGCCGGCUAUGACGGUAUUGAUCUAGUGCCUGACGGGCUGGCGGACCCGUCCACGUACCCCCUGUUGGUGGCUGAACUGUUGUCCCGAUCUGGCUGGUCCGAGACGGACGUCAAGAAGCUGGUUGGUCUCAACAUCCUCAGGGUUCUCAGAAAGGUCGAGGAGAUACGAGAUCAUUUGUCAAUGGAGGAGCCGGUGUCACUGGAGGCGCUUCACCGAAUAGACCAACACUACAUCAACAAUAAUUGUACCUAUGAUUUACGACUUCAGUAAAGACCUGGC